AUGUCGUGGUUGGUGACUUUCAGAGAUGUGGCCAUAAAAUUCUCUCAGGAGGAGUGGGAAUACCUUGGCCCUGCUCAGAGGGAAUUGUACAGGGAUGUGAUGUUGGAGAACUACAGCAACUUAUUGUCACUAGAUUUGGAGUCCAGCUGUGAGACCAAGAAACCAUCUCUAGAAAAGAGUAUUUAUAAAAUGGAGUCACUCCAGUGGACGAUAAUGGGAAACCCGCUGGUCCAUAACCUUGAGUAUAAUUGUCCUGGAGACCUCAUGGCGCACCAAGGUCAACUUGAGAGUCAACAGAGAAACCAGGGGUCACUUUUCAGGCCUGUGAAAACUGGUGAAGAGAAGGCCACUCAAAGUCGUUCCACACCCCCUGCUCUUUGCACAAAGGAAAAAUUAUAUAACUGUAAGGAAUGUAGACAAGCCUUUAGGUACCUGCCCUGCCUUAUUCAGCAUGAGAAAACUCAUAAUCGAGAAAAGCAUUCUGAAGUAAAGAAACGUAAGAAGACCUUUAGCAAAAAGCCUAGCCCAAAUCCACAUCAGAGGAUUCAAGCUUGUGAGAAACCCUAUGAGUGUAAGGAAUGUGGAAAAGCCUUUGGGCGUAGUUCGGAUCUCAUUCAACAUCAGAAAAUUCACACGAAUGAAAAACCCUAUCAAUGUAACGCCUGCGGCAAAGCCUUUAUUCGUGGCUCCCAGCUCACUGAACACCAGAGAGUUCAUACAGGAGAGAAGCCCUAUGAAUGUAAGAAAUGUGGGAAGGCCUUUAGUUACAGUUCCCAGUACACUCUCCAUCAGAGAAUUCACAGUGGUGAAAAGCCCUAUGAGUGUAAGGAAUGUGGCAAGGCCUUUAUUCUUAGCUCUCAACUUACCUACCAUCAGAGAAUUCACAGUGGUGAAAAGCCCUAUGAGUGUAAGGAAUGCGGAAAGACCUUUAUUCUUGGCUCACACUUGACUUACCACCAGAGAGUUCAUACAGGUGAGAAGCCUUACAGAUGUAAAGAAUGUGAGAAGGCCUUUCUAUGUGCCUCCCAGCUUAAUGAGCAUCUGAGAAUUCACACAGGAGAGAAGCCGUACAAGUGUAAAGAGUGCGGCAAGACCUUUAUUCGAGGCUCACAACUUACCUACCAUUUGAGAGUUCAUACAGGUGAGAAACCCUAUAAAUGUAAAGAAUGUGGGAAAGCCUUUAUUUGUAAUUCUAAUCUCACCCAACAUCUGAGAAUUCAUAGUAAUGAAAAACCCUACAAAUGUAAAGAGUGUGAGAAGGCCUUUAAUUGUUGCAAACAACUUAGUGAACACCAGAGAAUUCAUACGGGUGAGAAACCCUUUGAAUGUAAGGAAUGUGGAAAGGCCUUUAUUCGGGAUGCAUAUCUUAUUCAACAUCAGAAAAUUCAUGGCGAGAAACGGUAUGAAUGUAAGGUUUGUGGGAAGACCUUUACCCGUGCCACACAACUUACUUAUCAUCAGAGAAUUCAUACAGGUGAAAAACCCUACAAAUGUAAGGAAUGUGACAAGGCCUUUAUAUAUGGCUCACAAUUUCGGGAACACCAGAGAAUUCACAGGGGUGAAAAACCCUAUGAAUGUAAGCAGUGUGGGAAGGCCUUUAUUCGUGGGUCACACCUUACUGAACAUCAGAAGAUUCAUACUGGAGAGAAGCCCUAUGAAUGUAAGGAAUGUGGGAAAGCUUUUAGUCGGGGAUCAGAACUGGUUUUCCAUCAAAGGAUCCAUACUGGUGAGAAACCCUAUACAUGUUCCAAAUGUGGUAAAGACUUUAUACGUCACUCACAACUUACUCAACAUCUGAGGCUUCAUAAAUAA